UACAAAUAUUGCAAAAACCCUAAAUUGGGUGGGAUGUGAAUGGGGAAAUCGAUCCUAAGUACAGUCAGAUUCGCAGAGUUCGCAAUUAGACUUUCUUCCGAGAAUCCAAGCAGACCCACCACUCCUCCACGUAAGAAAGUCUUCGUCAAGAAGACGAGAGAGACGAAGCUCCACCACGGUAACUCCAAUCUCGUUAAGCUGGAGAAGGCGGGAUCGCACUCGGGUUCGAAUCCCGCUCCUCCGGGUUCGGAUCCGACUCGGGUUCCUCUCGCUCAGGUCGUGGAGGAUUGCGUGAGGCGGUGGUUCCAGGACACGCUCAAGGAAGCCAAAUCGGGAGACGUUGGUAUGCAGGUCUUGGUGGGGCAGAUGUAUUGCAGCGGCUAUGGGAUCCCUAAAGACGAACACAAGGGUCGUGCUUGGAUCAACAAAGCUUCAAGAACUCGAUCAUCAGCUUGGCAAGUGAGUGAUAAGCCUCCAGGUUAUAAUGCAAGCGAUUCUGAUUCCAAUGAUAAGAAAGAAUGAUGAUGACAUUUUGAAUGUUUUGUAAUCCUGGAAUCAUCACCAGUGUCUUUGAUUUGUUAGUUUCUCUCCCCUCUUUGGUUGUAUCUUCUUGCUAUAUUAUUCAUAUUUUGAAGCUUUGUUUUCAUUUGAAUGGUUUAAAAGAUGUGGCUAAGUCAUGAUGAUCUUUGUCAUUGUCAUUAUUACCACGCAGUGAAGUUAUUUAACUGUAGCUGAACUCGUUGUACUAUCCAUAGGUUUUGCCAGUCA